CGCACUGUUAUGGCAUUUUGCUGGUUUGUGUUUCUGUGGCAGAUUUUUGGUUUUCUUGAGUCAUGCGCGACUUUGCACGCCUUUGUUCGGGUGUCCCGCGGUCUGGGUAGGGAUGGACACCCCUGCCGAGCUUUACUUUAUAUUAACGCUGUAAUCAAAGUGACUCAAAACAUUAAACGUGGUUUGAGCUGA